CUAAAUUAAAAAUUCGCGUGAAAACAUUCAAGACUUGAAAUAAAAUUAAACUUAAACAUCGUUGUCUGUUUUUCUUUUCAUUUUCUCUUGAACAUCGUUGUCUCUUUUUCUUUUUCAUUUUCUCUCCAAGAGGAUGCAUCCUACGUAUGACAGCAUCUCUGGAUCUCUGUACAUGCAAUCCGGAGUUCAUUUAUUUAAUUUUUGAAGUAAGCAUUUGAAUCUUGAUUACAUGAAUAAAUUCUUAAGCAUUCCAGGGUUUUCAUAUCCUUUGAACCUACUAAAAAACCAAGGCAAUUUCCAUUCUGAAGAAAAAGAGCUUGCCGAGAAACAACACUAUAUUACUGUAAAUGGAGGAAUCAGCAAACCAAAUUCCUCAAUCUUCAUUAUUUCCUCUCCAGCCCAACAAUACCCAACAGGCAAAUGAUGAUAAAACCAUCAAUAAUUCUUCCUCAUGGCUAGCUAGCGCCAGUUUCAAUGUAAGUCUGCUUCCCUCGAUAACGUCUAAAACCCUAGACUUAGACAAAAACAGUCAAUUCAAUAUAGAGGAUAAUAAUGCCCAAAAAGUAGAGGAGAAUAGUGCAGUGCAUUUAGAGGAGGAUAAGCUUAGCUAUCCAAUUUUGGAUUCACCUGGUUUGGAGGAGGAUGAAAUUGAGGACAGGGAAACCAGAAGGAGAAGAAAAAGGAGAAAAUUAGAUAAGAAAAAGGAUAAAGAGAGGAGCUCAAAGGUUAAGUUGUGGGCAGGUUCAGAGAUCAAAUUGGCGAAGGAUUAUUACUUUGAUACCAAAGGAGAUCGUGAUAAUUUGGCAUUCGGUUCUCUUUACAGAGUAGAUAUUGCUCGCUACAGGCUUCACCAUUUAAUUGGGGAGUCAACUUUUCUUGACAAUGGUUCCUCAUACAAGAGCAACCAAAGGAUAACAAUAUUGAAUCCAGAAGAGGACAGCCUUUCUUUAGAUGACAAAUCAAAAGUAGGACGCUAUUGGUCUGCAAAGUCUGUAUCUGUUGAACAGCGCAAGGACCUAAAACGUCUACGUGUUAUUCCUAGACGAAGUCCUGUUUUUGUUCAUUUGGAAGAUUUUAUUUCUUUGCAGCAGGAAACCCUACCAGAUCAGAGGAAUGACCUAGAGUCUGCAGAAGUCAGUGAAAGUGGAGAAGAUUGGGAUGAAUUUGUCAUGCACAGAACCAAGGAGUUCAAUCAAAUGACAAGGGACAAACCACAUGACGAAAAUUUGUGGAUAGCUUUUGCUAAUUUUCAGGAUGAAAUUGCAUCUGGGCAACGCAAGAGAUCAGUUCAGCUACAAGCUCUGGAGAAAAAAAUCUCUAUACUAGAAAAAGCACUUGAACUUAAUCCAGACAGUGAAGAGCUGAUGCUUUUUUUCUUGGAGACUUGUAGAAAACGUGAUAAUGUUUCUGUUUUGAACCAAAGAUGGGAAGAUGCGUUAGUAAAGCAUUCAGGGAGCUAUAAAUUAUGGAGAGGGUUUCUGCAAUUCUGCAAAGGAGAAUUUUCCUCAUUUACAGUCUCAAAGAUGAGAAAGAUGUAUGGCCAUGCUCUCCAAGCUUUAUCUGCUGCACGUAAUCAGCUCUAUAGGAAGGUUUGUGAAAGUGUCAAGUCAAAAUUGCCUUGUAAAGAACUUGUAGAAUCUGAACAAGCACUUGUGGAUAUUUUUGUUAGCUUGUGCAAGUUUGAAUGGCAGGCAGGUCACCAAGAACUAGCUAUUGGGUUGUUUCAGGCAGAGAUUGAGUACAGUUUAUUUCCUCCAUUGCUUCAGCUGACUGAGACAAAUAAACAAAGAUUAUUUGAAUUCUUUUGGAAUAGUGAAGGUGCAAAAUUAGGGGAAGAUGGUGCCUUGGGAUGGGCUGUAUGGCUAGAGAGAGAGGAGGAGAAAAGGCAGACAGAAAAGCUACUCAAUGCUAAUCUGAUAGACACAGAACCAGGAGGUUGGACGGGUUGGUCUGAGCCUCCGUCCAAAGUUAGCAAAGAGGUGACUGGUGAAGACCAUGCAUUUGAAGAGAAGCCAUUUACAGGAGAUGACAAUGACGAUUUAGAUGCUGAAGACUCAAAGAAGGAAGAUGAUAUGGAGUCUUUACUUGAAAAACUAGGAUUGAAUCUUGAUCCUGGCAAAGAAGUUGAGGUUAAUGAUCCACUUAUUUGGAAAAGAUGGGCAGACGAAGAGGCUAAACGAGAUAGGGAGCAGUGGAUGCCAGUCCAUGCAAAAGCAGGGAAUACUAUAUGUCAUGAUGGAGAAGAAAACGAAGAUGAUGAACAGCUUUUGAGGGUUGUCUUAUUUGAAGAUAUUAGAGAUUAUCUUUUUGGUUUGCACUGUAAUGAAGUUCGUUUCUCCUUGAUUGUCCAGUUGAUUGAUUUCUGUGAUGGACCAAUCAGUCAGUGGAGCUGUACUAAUAGUUCAAGUUGGAGGGGGAAAAUUGCUAAUCUGGACUCCUUAUCUGUUCCUCUUUUUGAAGAAGUACAAAUUGUGCAACAUGCUUUAGCUGAGAAGCAAAUAACUUCAAGUAAUAUUGACUUGCAAAGGAUUUUUGGGAGUGUUGAUUCUUUUUUCAAGGCAAAAGAUCGUGCAAAAUUUCUUCAUAAUGUGUUACUACUUGCUAGUAAAGCAUUCCCUCAGAAUCGUCACUUGAAAGAAGCACUGCUGAUUUCUAAAGGAUAUGUAACAUCUGAAGUGAAUUCUAGGAUUAGUCAAGUCACUGGAUCACGGACUCUUGCGAAAAAACUACUAAAAGAUAAUCGUCAGGACUUACUACUUUGUGGAGCGUAUGCAUCAAUAGAGGCAGCAGCUGGUAACAUUGAUUUGGCACGUAAAAUUUUUGACAUGGCUCUCUUGGCUCUUGAUGAUCUACCAGUGGAUUGUCGGUCAAAUGCACCCAUUUUGUAUCUCUUAUACGCAGAAGCAGAACUUGCACAUCAAUACGGUGUUGAGGUGAAUGGUAGUAACUCUUCUCAACAAAGAGCAAUUCACAUACUUUCUUGUUUGGGGACUUGUGGGAAGUACUCUACGUUUUCAUUGGCACAUCAUGUUUCAAGUACCCAGUUAUUGAAAGCACGGCGAGGGUUUGGAGAGCAGUUAUGGCACCUGCGCUCAAUGUGGGCACAUGGGGAAAUAACAGAGCAGUGCACAGCUUUGGUAGUUUCAGCAGCCUUAUUGGAAGAAUUAACAAUUGGAUGGGAAGCUGCAGCUAGAGUUUAUAAAGAUGCUUUUUCAAUGGCACUUCCAGAAAGACGACAACAGAGUCUUGAGCUUGAACUUUUGUACGUACGUUACAUUCAAAUGCUUGAGAAGAAUAAAGUUUUAGUGAGACCAUCUCAAUCAUGGGACCUAAUUUUACAGGGUCUAAGCCAAUAUCCUUGGAAUUCAAGAAUUUAUGUUUCAUUGAUAGAGAUCAGCACCAAUUCUGCCUUCACCUGCAAGCUGCGUCGGCUAUUUGAUGAGUACUGUCAAAGCAAUCCAUCUACUGUUCUCUGGAUAUUUGCUUUGACAUUCGAACUUGGAAGACAAAGCUCAGGACCACGCAUUCAUAGACUAUUUGAGCGGGCAUUGGCUGACUCAGAUACCCAACAGUCAGUAAUAUUGUGGCGGUGCUACCUUGCUUAUGAACUCCAUAUUGCAUGCAAUGGUGAUGCUGCCAGGCGCAUUUUUUUCAGAGCUAUUCAUGCUUGUCCAUGGUCAAAGCUGUUGUGGCUUGAUGGCUUUAAAAAACUGAGCAAUAUUUUGACAGCAAAGGAGCUGUCUGAUCUCCAAGAGGUAAUGCAUGACAAAGAACUACGACUGAGGACAGAUAUUUAUGAAAUCCUUUUGGAAGAGGAGACCAAACUUUAAGAACAUUGGGAUUUCCUGUAUAUACCAACUUUCUUGAAUUGUACCACUACAUCCAUCCUUGGAAACUGUACCACUACAGCCAGAGGAAGCUUAUAUUGAUUGUAUUAUCCUUUUUAAAAAUGAGUAUUGGAAUCGUUUACCAUACCCAGAAGGAAUAUAAUUAUAUAAACUACUCUCAGCCAAAUCUGUGUUAUCGAUAUUCUCUACUGUACUUGUGUAAUUGCUGCAGAACAGAUCAUCUAAUAACAGAGGUACUCUACUGUGAGAUAUGGUUGUGACGGUUAGAUGCUUCUACUUUUGUAUUUUUUGUUGAGCAAUAUUUUGGUUUUUUCUUCUGGUUAACCUGAAGCAAUUUAUUUGCUUA